AACGUAUUUUAUCUUAAAACUCGUAUUAGUUGUUCAUAAAUGAAAGUGAAAAUAAAUAGGUGAAGUCACGUGUUUGCAUCGUUGUAGUAGGGAGAGAGCUACCCACAGUACGUACUACAUCCGUGAUUAGAUGAACAUGGCGCAGGGGAAACAGGCCAUCGGUGGAUUGUAAACAAGAGGAAAUUUUGGGAUAAAAUUGACAUCGUACCAUGCACGUGUGAAAUGGUCUCAAUCUCGAUAUACUGGACCACUUGUUCUGCUUCAUUGAUGACUACGAGGCGACAGAUUGAGUGCAACACAUCCAAUUGCAUUCAUAAACAUUUCUAUAGGACUUCAAACCCCUGAGCAUUCACUCGUUUGGAUAUUUAAACAAUAAGCCUUGUUUUUAUUGUGGAUGUCAUCCUUGCACGACCAAAUGGCUGCAACUGGGAAAGUCAAACGGAGUAAAGAUAUGCCCCAAGGCGUUGAGAGGUUGAAAGAGGAGCACAGAAAGGUGGUGAAAGAUUGCAGAAGUCAAAUUGAGCACUGGAAAAAAGUGGAAAAUGACUAUGAAUCUCUUCAAGACCGCCUCAGGACUUUGCCUGACAAGCUGUCGUAUGAUAUUAUGGUACCGUUUGGUCCCUUGGCUUUCAUGCCGGGAAAGCUAGUUCACACUAAUGAGUUAACCGUGCUCCUCGGGGAUAACUGGUUUGCAAAGUGUUCUGCCAAACAAGCUAAUGAUCUUGUGGAACACAGAAAGAAACAUGUCCAAAAUGCACUGGAUGACUUACAGAAAGUGAUGAAGAACUUUCAGAACAGAGCCGACUUUACAGAUGAUCUUGAAAAAUUGACUGGCGAUACUGGAGAUUUUGUAGACAUUAGAGAAGAGGUAAUAAAUGAGGAAGAAGUUACCAAAGGAAAACAUCGUUUGGCCCACAAACCCAACUCUAAGCCUAAGCAGGAGUAUUUGUUGGAACUGAAGGAGGAAAAGGAAAAGAAAGAAGAUGACGAAGAGAGAAAAACAGGGGUGCUGUCAGAGGAGGAGCUGUGGGCUCGACUUGAUGAACUAGAACGUGAGGAGGAACUUCAAGAUGAGAGAUACCGAUUGGACAGCACAGACACUAAUGGAGAAGACACCACUUCCUCCUCAGAGGAAGAGAAGGAAGCAGAUGGUGGCAGCGAUGUCCAGGUUAAUGGCCAUCAGAAGGAAAAUGGCUGGGUACCGUCAUCUAUCACGAGUCAGAUGAACGGCACUAAUGGCUCGCACCAUGAGGAUGAGGAGGAGGAAGAUUGUGAUGAGGAAGCAGGCAAUGGUCUUCCAACUAUCUACUUUUCUCAUACUGCGGAAUUCAAAAAGGUCAGGAUAAAUACAGGAAAGAACACCACUCUCAAAUUCAGCGAAAGAAAUGAACAAAAGGCGCAAGCCAAGCGAAAAAAGAAAAGUGGCAAAACUAAUGGCCAUUCUCCUCACGAAAGCUACAAGAUCACAAGCCCGGCAGACAUUUAUAGGGUGUUUGUGGAUUUGGUGAAUGGAGAGCCUAUACCACGCAAAUCAAUUCUGAAGUCCCGUAGCCGUGAGAACAGCGUGUGCAGUGACACCAGCGAGAGCAGCACAGCUGACUUCGAAGAGCGCCGCGCAGCUUUUGGACGCUCGUGGAGCCACGACGACGCCACAUACAGUGAUACCAGCGAUGGCAUUACAGAAGAGGAAAGCCCUACAGGAACAAGCCCCCGCACUAACGGACGCUUUGAGGCUUUUACAGGCACAGUGAUUGAAAAGGAUCCCCUGCCUUGCUCAAUCCCACAUCUGACCAUCGCCCCUCCUGCCUUACCCACAAUCCCUGAGAGGAAACUAGAGGAGGUGGGACCCGAAGCUCCUCAGGAGCCACCCAAGAGGAUAUCCAAGUUUAAAGCUACACGUUUGCAUCAGAAAUGAGAUUUUUGUCUCAUCAGCACCCAACUUUUAAUUCGGUUUUGUACAACAGUAACACUUAUAGUCUGACUUUCUCACUACUGUCCUCUUUCUCUGUCCUCCAUGCUACUUCUAUACUGUCAUCUGUCAUACUGUCAUUUAUUUGCUCAAUAAGAGUAAUUCAUAGAGAUGAUAAAUGAUUUCCCUUUUUUGUAAAUGGCAGAUGGUUUGUUUAAAGGGAUAGUUCACUAGAAAAGGAAAACUGUCAUUAUUUACUCACCUCAUGUCUCUCCUCCGACAUUUUUUUUCCCUGUGGAACAGAAAGGAAGUUAUUUUGAAGGAAGUUGGAUUUUGUUGUUGCACAGAAGAAAGUCAUACAAGUUUAGAUCUUCAUGAGGUUAAUUUGCUUUUUUUGUGUGAGCUAUGCCUUUAAUUACAAACAAGCUGCACAUUUUGGUACCUUUCGUGUGUAUUAGUUUAGAUAAAAGUUAAAAAUAGAAUGGGGAAAAAAAUGAAAAUGCUUUCAGAAUGUUUUCAAAACAAACAAAAUGGUGUUAGAGACAUCAUGACUACUGUCAUUGCGAUGUGGUCUAUGAUGUGGAUUUUUUUUUUUUUUUUUUAAAUGCUAUGUCAAAGUUUAUUUUCAUUUUGUUAAUCAUGACAUUAAUGUGCAACUUUGACCUGUGUUGGUCAUGAAAUAGCUGACAAUUUCUGUCAGCAUAAAAAAAAAAAGAAAAACACACAUUUUUAUCCCUUCUGAACUUUGUCUCCGACUCUCCCUAUGUCGUUUUGUAUCUUGUUUUUGUAUUGUUUACAGAGUUUUGGCUUUGCUGACUGCCGGAAAAAAUGUUGAUGUAACUGAAAAGGAAAAAAAUAAAUGAUUUUUAACUCGC